CGAAUUUUUCCGGUAAGAUUUUAAAAUUAGUGUUUUCAGAUGGUAUAAUUUUGAGAAAAGCAAAUUAGCGAAAAUUUGUGUCUAUUUUGUAAUAAAUAAUUGACAAUGCCUAAAAGGAAGUGUGAAUCUGAUUCUCAAAAAAGUUCUAAAAGUUCAAAAACUGAACAUGAUGUCGAAGCUGCAAAAGAUAUUCAUCCGAAAUGGCAGGAUUUUGAGCUUUUGUCUGAAGAAACAUGUAUUGAACCCAAUGUCGCAAAAUCGAUGAUAAAACUUUUAGAAGAUGGCAAUACUAUUCCAUUCAUUGCAAGAUACCGUAAGAAUAUGAUAAACAAUAUGACUCCUGAAGAACUGAGAGUUAUUAAGGAACAGUAUGAAGAAAUAAAUUUACUGAAGUCAAAAUUAAAAAGUGUUGCCAAGACUUUAGAAAAGGCAGGGCAGUUAAAUAAGAAUAUGAGAAAUUCUUUAGCUUCUGUAAGAACAGUAGAAGAACUUGAACAUGUGUUUGCCCCAUUUAAACCAGAAAGUAAAAGAAGUUUAGCAGAAAGGGCAAAAUCUGUUGGUUUAGAAGCACCUGCCCACAAUAUUUUGAAUAAUGUAUGUCAAGAAGAUCUUCAUUAUUACAUAAAACCAGAAAAGGAAGGAUUGAAAUCAAUUAAAGAAGUACAAAAGGGUAUUAUUCAUAUUAUAGCAUCCAUAAUUGCUAAUGAUACAGAAGUUUUGGGAUAUGUGAGAGAUCUGAGGACAAAACAUUAUUUUAUGAUUGAAACUAAAAAGAUUGAUGAGAAAGAUAAGAAAAACCAAUCAACUCAAAAAAAUAAAAAUAUAGAUGUGUCAAAAUACAAAUUAUACUUUGAUUUCAAGAUCAGAUCAAUAGAUAUAAAGCCUCAUCAGAUUUUAGCUGUAAAUAGGGCAGAAAACCAGAAAGUUUUAUCAGUUAAAUUAAAUAUACCUGAUAUCAUUUUUAACAAAUUCAAUAAAUUUUGCAUAGAUAAAUUUAAAAUGGAAUCAGGAAGUAAGGACCGAUGUCAGAUAUUAAAAGAAGCAGUUGAGGAUUCUUAUACUAGAUUAGUAAGACCUCUUCUCGUGCGAGAAACUAGAUCUACUCUCAAACAGAUGGCGGAAAAAGCUGCAAUGGAAACAUUUAGCCAAAAUCUCAAACAAUUAUUGCUUGCAAAUCCAAUUAAAGGAAAGUAUAUAUUAGGUAUGGAUCCUGGAUUUUCAAAUGGCUGUAAAUUAGCUCUUAUAUCUGAAACUGGGAGUUUACAAGCUAAAGCUACCAUUCAUCCUUUCUCUAAGAAUGUUUCAAAUAAAGCUGUAUGUAUUUUGAAGGAUAUUCUCACUAAACAUAGAUGUGAAGUCAUUGCAUUAGGCAACGGAACUGCCUGUAGAGAAACUGAAUCUUGGUUGUCAGAGCUAAUAACAUCCAAUAUAUUUUCUCCCCUGAAGGUUACUUAUACCAUUGUUAGUGAAGAUGGAGCUUCUAUUUAUUCCUGUAGCCCUGAAGCCCAAAAAGAGUUUCCUGAUCUGGAUCCCAAUAUUAUCAGCGCAAUUUCUUUGGCAAGAAGAGUUCAAGAGCCUUUAGCUGAAUUGGUCAAGGUGGAACCACAACAUUUAGGAGUUGGAAUGUACCAACAUGAUCUGAGAAAGAAACACCUCAAUGAGGCAUUGCAUGAAGUGGUUUCAGAAUGUGUUAGUUUUGUGGGUGUAGAUCUAAAUACUGCAUCGAAGUGUUUACUAAAGGAAAUAGCCGGUUUAACAGAAAAAAGAGCAGAACGAAUCAUACAGUAUCGUGAAGAAAAUGGCAAAUUCACCUAUCGUAAAGAACUUUUAAAAGUGAAAGGUAUAGGUGAAAAAGUAUUUCAGCAAUGUGCUGGUUUCUUGAGAGUUGGCCCUAUCAACAUCGAGGAAGAGUACAAUUUUUAUGCAACCCCGAAUACAACCAAACUAGACCGUACAAUAAUACAUCCAGAGUCAUAUGCUGUUGCUAAGAAAUUAUUGAAGAAUCUCAAAUUGAAGGAGGAAGAUAUUGGAAGUGGAAGUUUCAUAGAGACAGUAAAUAAGAGUGAACUGAAUGAAACUGAAUUAUCAGUGAAGCUGAAAACAGACGAACAUUCUUUGAAGUUGAUAUUAGAAGCCUUGGGUAAGCCCUUGAAUCAUGAUCUGAGAAAAGAAUUGAACAUCACUCCGUUGUUUAAAAAGUGUCUAACAAGUAUUGAAGAUCUGAAAACUGGUACGGUCUUGAGUGGAAGAGUUAGCAAUGUAACUCAUUUUGGAUGUUUCGUCGAUGUUGGAGUGAAAUGGAAUGCUUUAAUUCAUGUUAGUAAACUCAAAGGGUUUCAACUCAAAAUCGGGGAUAGGGUAGAGGUUGAAGUAAUCGAUCUUGAUUUGGAACGAAAACGAAUUGGGCUGAAAUUUUUGAAAAUGUCUCAAUAAUUUGAGGAAUUAGUUAUGAUGAGGAACAUAAAUAUUUUUCGCAUCUUCAACUGAAUAUGUUAUUUAUUAUUUGUAAAUGUUUGUGAUUGGCUGUGGAUGUAUGAUCCUAAGUCAUUUCAUGUUAUGUUAUUGAGUUAUUAGUUAUUAAACGAAUACACU